GUCAGCAACAGUGCCACAUCAGCAGUGCCACAUCAGCAGUGCCACAUCAGCAACGGUGCCACUUCAGCAGUGCCACAUCAGCAGUGCCACGUCAGCAGUGCCCCGCCACCAUGACGGUUUCAGUUUUGAGCAUGCCAGGCCAACUGGCCAACGAGUCCAUUGCCGAGUACAGACAGUGGUUCCAAGCUCAGCUCGCACUGAUCGAGGCUGAGGAACAGCGCCAGGCGGCAGCCGAGGCUGCCCGCCUACAGGCUGAAGCGGAGGCAGCAGCUGAAAAGCAGCGGCUUCAGGCCACAGCUGACGCAGAUGCCCAGGCCAGCCGCAAGGAGGCCCAGGAUCUGCUGCAGCGGCGCGAAGCUGCCAGCGUCGACAGGCUCAGGUUCUGGCAUUUUGAACCAUCCGAGGGCCACGACGACGCGACACCGGAAGAGCAGCACAAGGAGUUUCUAACUCUUGACCUGGACUUGGAGCAAGCAGCACCAGGACCAGAUGCUGGCGAACCCAGCAAUGCAGCCUCAACCCGCCAGUUGGAGCAACGAGUUGAUCAUGUUCUUGCAAUGCUCGGCGACAUCAGCGCCUUCGACGCACCGACCUCCAUCAACGAGCAGCUUGACACCUUGAAGAACGAAGUUCGGCAACUACACCAGCCGCCCCACAACGAUGGCAGCAUCAGUGCAUCGCGGCAGUACAAGAUGCCGACGUUCCGGAUUGAGAAGUUUGAUGACUGUACGCAUCACGACCCGGUCCUGUGGUGGCAGGGCUUUACGGCGGAGCUCUGGAUUCAUGAGGUCCCCGUUCACUUGUACCUCUCGGCAUUGUUCCUCAACGCCAAGGGCGGAUGCCAGAUCUGGCUCAGCCACAUGGCAACCAUCCACGGCGUCCAAGUCGCCGACUUGAACAAGAAGAUCUCUUGGGAAGAUCUGACGAGGGAAUGGAAGAAGCGGUUAAUAGUUGACGACGGCCCGGCUCUCGCCAUCAACCGCCUCUUCGCCAUGACUCAAGGCACCACACCGACACGCGACUGGCUCACGGAAUGGCAAAAGAUCGUGGCAACACCCGAUCUCGACUUGCCAUUUUCGCAUUUGCGCCGAGAGUUCUUCAACCGGUCAUGUGCUGCCUUGAGCCUCGCACUCGGUGAUCGUGAACAAUACACGACCGUUGAGGCUCGUGAGAUCAUCAAGACCAACCGGGCUGCUGCACACGAGAAAUCCGCGUGGCAGCCAGCCUACUUGGAGAAAGGAAAAUUUGGUCCGCCUCCGCAGCCCGUCAUUGCAGUCCAACCGGACAACCUUGUGGAAGACCCGACAACCACCCCAGCAUCACGUGAGGGAGAUCAAGUGGCCGCCGUCCAGCCGAGAAGCAACUACAACUCCCGUGGAAAAGGGAAGGCGAAAACAGCAUCGCCGACCGGAAAUGGACAACCACUACCAUGGGUCAAGUUUAGCUUGACGGAGGCCGAAUACAAGUACCGCAGCCGACACGGCUGCUGCUAUUGGUGCAACAUCACCAAGCACAAGACCUCCCAAUGCCAAGACCAAGGCAAGGAGGAUGUUUGACCUCGAAUCAUCUCGGGAAACUAAGUUGCACGGGAG